AUGAAUCUCAAGCCCGUUAUCUUCUUGUGCUUCCUCUCUGCACUACUUCUUAUAGCUUCUGAAGCAACUCAACAGUCCAAAGAUGAAAAACAAGCUACAAUAGAGGCAUCAAAGACAAAAGUUGGCCUAGAUCGUUGGGGAUUAGGUGGAUCACACGGUGGACAUGGCCGUGGAUCACACGGUGGGCACCGUGGUGGACACGGUGGUGGACAUGGCGGCAGAUAUGGUGGUGGACAUGGCAGUGGAGAUAAAAUAGAAGAAUCCAAAACUAAAGUUGAGGUAGAUGUCUGGCGAGCCCCCAUCGGAGGUGGACCUGGCGGUCAUGGAAGUCCUGGUGGUGGACCUGGUGUUGGACGCAGAGUGCCUGGUGGUCCUGGUGCAGGUUCCAGUGGUUCUGGUGGUGGUGGUGGAGGAGGAGGAUCAAAAGGUGGUGGAGGAGGAGGACCAAAAGGUGGUGGAGGAAGUGGUAGAGGGGGAGGAGGAUCAAAAGGUGGUGGAGGAGGAGGACCAAAAGGUGGUGGAGGAAGUGGUAGAGGGGGAGGAGGAUCAAAAGGUGGUGGAGGAGGAGGACCAAAAGGUGGUGGAGGAAGUGGUAGAGGGGGAGGAGGAUCAAAAGGUGGUGGACGAGGAGGAAGUCCAUAA